AUGAAGCGGCUCGAAUGGCUUCUGCUCCUGGCGUUCGUAGCCUCCGUCUCAACGGCAGUAGCUCCACGAAGAAGACGUCACAGCACUGUGGAUACGCCCGCCUCCAGCCUGAGUGAUUGGAGCUCAGGAUGGGGGUUUGGUCCUGAAAUGGCGCUAGUGAGGAGGGUUUACGACGAUUGCCAAGACAAAAAUGACUUUAUAGGCUGCCUAAAGCAGAAAGCUCUUCACGCUCUCAGUCGAGCACUGGAUCAGGAUUCCAUUAAGAUUGUGGAUGGUCUGGUGCUGGAAAAGCAAAACCAGAGCGAAACGGAGAGUAUCUUGGGCUCCCUGACGGAUGCCCGUCAGUUUGGCAACAUGGGACCCAUCGACCGAGCCCUUCUCUCCAAGGCGGACAAGCUCAUGCGGACGCAUACGCUCAAGAUCGAUAUGGACGGAGGCACAGGCAUUGAAGAGGAGAAUGCGGUGGGUCGUGGCCACGGGCACGGACAUAAGAAAAAGAAGCACAAGGAUGGGGGCCAUAUCAAGUACGUUGUGGCUGCCCUACUCACCGCCAUGGGAAUCGCUGGUCCUUUGGGUCUCAAGGCUCUAGCGGCAAUCGCUGGCAAAGCUCUUGUCAUCAGCAAGGUGGCUUUGACUAUUGCCGGAAUCAUAGCGCUUAAAAAGCUCUUUUCGCACGACCACAGCGAAGAGACCAGCUUCCAGGUUCACGCCGGAGAGCACAACAGGCGCAAUACAUAUGUUAUCCGGCCAGUGUCAAAGACGAGCGGUGGGGCUGGAGCCGGUGGCGUGGGCGUGAGCGCCGCCGGUGGCAGCUCAUCGGUGGACCCUUAUCGCUACUACUACGAGUACCACCAGCAGUAA